AUGGCGUCCAAUAUCACCAACAUCACCACCACCACCGCCACCGCCUCCCUGCAGCCCCCACUCUCCAUCAGCGCCCAGGUGGGCAUCGCCAUCCUGACCCUGGCGUUCGUGCUGGGCUUCCCGGGGAACCUCUUCGUGGUCUGGUCGGUGUUCUGCCGGGUGAAGAAGCGCUCAGUGACCUGUCUGUUGGUGCUGAAUCUGGCUAUGGCAGACGCUUUCGUGCUGCUCGGCGCCCCCCUCUUCCUGCGCUUCCUGGCUGGAGGCCGGGGCUGGGAGUUCGGCUCGGCGGCGUGCAAACUGGUGCAUUACCUGUCGAAUGUGAACAUGUACGUGUCCAUUUACCUGAUCUGCCUGAUGAGCAUGGACCGCUGGCUGGCCGUGUCCAGGCCCUUCAUGUCCCAGAGGAUGAGAACCAAGCGCACCCUGCUGGUUCUCCUGCUGGCCGUCUGGGUGUUAGCGUUCAUUCUGGCGCUGCCGAUGCCUUUCUACCGCAGUAAUCUGAAGCCACCAAAUAGCAUUUAUAGUUACUGUGUGCGCUAUCACUGGCGCAGCGUGGCUCACCUCGUCUUCCAGGACGUGUUUGAGACCCUCAUGGGCUGCCUGCUGCCUUUCACCCUGCUCAUCAUCUGUUACGCCUCCGUCUUCUGCCGUCUGCAGAGCGCCAAGUUCCACCGCAGAGGGCAGGGCAGCCGCCUCAUCCUGCUCAUCAUCUGCGCCUUUGCAAUAUUCUGGCUGCCCUAUCACAUCGUCAACAUCAUAGAGGUGAUCGGCCUGUUGCAGGACAGCAAAACGCUGAAGGAAGCUGCUGGUUACGCCCGUCCAAACGUCACGGCCUUCGCUUACUUCAGCAGCGCGGUCAACCCCAUCCUCUACGUGUUCGCCGGCAGCUCCCACAUCCGCCAGGCCGGCCUCAGCUUCAUGGGCAAACUCUUCGAGGCGACCAACUCGGACAGCAGGAGCACGUCGGUCUUCGGCCGCGGGAGCCGCAGCGGCUCCUCGCCGGACGAAAGCUCUGUCCUGCACAUGCUGUCGACCAAACUGGGGAGGCCCUUCAAGAGCAAGGAGCAGAGCAGCAGCAGUGUGGCGGGAAAAGAGCUCGAUGAGCCUGAACUCAAGACUCUGGCCACUGUUGAUCAGAUAGAUUAGACUUUGGGAGCA